UGCAAGUAAGUGGGUACACUCCACGCGCCCGCACCGCGACUGAAACUGCCCUCAGUUUCGUCUCGCAGACCCGAUCUCCAUUCUUUCAACUCAUAUUCGAACAAAUUUGUUCACAAAACCCUUUCAAUCCUUAUUCCCCAUUUGGGUUUUCUCCACUUAGCAAUUCCACCCUCAAAAACUCAGAUAGUUCAAACCAAAUGGAUCAGAACGACGAUUGUGACAGCGGUCCUUUAGAAACGUACGCAUACGGUCUCUAUGGCCUGUUAGGAAACAUUUAUCGUAUUCGUGUUGGUGAGGAGUACCAGGCCGAAAUCCCAUCAUUGAUGACAUAUUUUAAGUAUCUUGAUCACAUCAAAAAACCCUUUGUUGAGGAGGAAGAAAGGAAGAUAGGAGGGUUGACCGCACCCAUUGACUUCUCGAUAGGAUUAGAUAUACCAGUUGUUUGGACCAAUCAAGAAAACAAGAACAGAAAAAAUGAUAAUGCUCUUGUUCCGGGGUGCGUCUUGGAAUCUUGGAGUGAAGUGGAGAAGGGUAGUUUUGUCCUCGGGAUGUAUAUUUUCAGGAAGGAUUUUGUUCGGUUAAGUAGGUUUAUGGAGAGUAAAAAGGUCGGUGAUAUAUUGUCAUAUUACUAUGGUAGUUUCUAUAGGUCUGAUGAAUAUAAAAGAUGGUCGGAACGUAGGAAAGCUAGACGAAAAAGGUGGAUAAUGGGCCAGAGGAUAUUUAGUGGUGUAAGACAACAGGAAUUUCUUGCGCGUUUGGUUCCUCGUGUAUCUCAAGAAUGCCAGAAUGAGCUCUUGGAGGUUUCUAGGACAUUUGGAGAUGCAAAGAUAUCGCUAGAACAAUACGUUUUCUCCAUAAAAACGUUAAUCGGGAUCGAAAAGUUUAUCGACGCAGUGGCGAUCGGAAAAGGUAAGCAAGACUUAACGGGAAACGCAAUCGAGCCUACUAAGCAAAACCAAGAAAUUCGCAUUCGUCCCGAAAUUCCAGUCGGAAAAGCGUGUUCUUCACUUACGUCAACAGAAAUCGUUCAGUUUCUUACGGGCGAUUAUCGGCUAAGCAAAAAUCGGUCCUACGAUUUAUUUUGGGAAGCUGUGUGGCCGAGAUUGCUUGCACGAGGGUGGCACUCGGAACAACCGAACGGGUACAAUUACGCUGCAAACGGGAAGAAUAAUUUGGUGUACUUAAUGCCAGGUGUCAAAAGGUUUUCGAGAAAACUCGUCAAAGGGGACGCUUAUUUGGAUUGUAUAACCGAUGUCUUAAACAAAGUUGCAUCGGACCCACAACUGAUCGAGAUUGAUAACGAAGAAAAUGGUGAAAAUGAAAUGAAAGUGGAAGACGAAGAGGAAAACGGGUUUGUUGAAAAACGGAAAAGCCAUUGUUAUCUACAACCUCGGGUUCCGAAACUGAAUCUUGGUAAUGUUCUAGUGAAGUUUACCGUGGUUGAUACGAGUUUGCGCGGUGGAAAGAUUUUCAGGGUUAGGGAAUUGGACGCCGUGAAGUUGAGUUUAACGUCUCGUUCGGAUGAGUCACAGAGUGAGUUGGUUUCUAGUGAUGUUUCGGAUUGUGAAAACGUGAUUCUUGUGGAUCGAGAAACGGAUGUUGAUCGUCAAAAGCCAGCCAAGAAACAGAAAACUUGUGAGGCAAGCAAGAAUCUUGAAAAACAAGAUGUGAAGACUGCCAACGGUUCAGAUAUGAUCGUUAAGAAAGCCAAAUUGAGCAGGAAACCGAGCCUAGAGAAUCACGUGCAUCACGCAAAAAGACGUAGGAGAUUAACGGCAUGCAGUCGUGUAGAUUCGAAGGCAGUUUCUAGCUUAGAUUCUCAUGUAGGUUCAUCGUCUCAGGCAAAUAAUAAUAAUCAUAAGUUGACAUCGAAUUUAAGUUUUACGUCAAGAUGCAGCUCUGUCGACACUGUCGAUGAACAAAAUCAGCCUCAACCGAUGAAUUUAAUCGAUUUGAACUAUCCCCAUGUGACCCCCGAGUUCGAAAACAAUGAACUUUUGACUGAAGUUAAAGACGAAAAAAUCGAGCCGGUCCCACCGAGCCAGUCCGAAAAUAUAGCGGGUCCCAAGGAUCAAGAAAACGGCGGUUCGAGGAGGCAUGGCACUCGAAACAGACCACCAACCGCUAAAGCAUUGGAAGCCAUUGCGAACGGGUUCUUGACUAUUCAUAGCAGGAAGGGGAGGAAAGAUAAACAAGAAUCGUUUUCAAGAAAUUACCAAAAUGCCCCUGGAGAAGUUGCGGUUAGAAGCGAGUGUAGUACAGGCGAUGCUUCUUCUGCCGUAAAAGGAGACGAUGAAAACGGUGAAGUUUAGAAAUGGUGGAAAACCGCAUUUGUAUAUGUUGCAGAGUUGAGUAAAGUCUUCAAGAUUCGAUUUUGAUGACGACCCAUUGAACGGAAAUGCUUGAGCUGUUACCCUGUUUCAGAUUCGGUUAGACCCGGUUUAUACUGUUUGACUUUUUUUUAUGUCUUUGACCUGGUAAGAUUUGAAUAGGUGAACUUUCUUGUGUUCUUGUUCAAACAAGUGUUUAUAGGAAUUUGACAGAUACAUAUAUGUGAAUCUAGCAUAUACAUUGCA